AUGAUUGAGUUAAUGCCACGUGGUGGGCGUCUUGGUUUAAUCAAAAGCCACAAAGCUUCGAAAUCAGGGUUUGAGAGUUCCUUCAACUGUACGACAGAAUUGUUCACCCAGACUAAAGGUUGGAUAGACAAAUGUUAUGCAGAUGGAUUGUUCUCUGUCUGGCUAGGAAGAACUCCUGUUGUUGUCCUUUUUAAACCAGAAUAUGUUGAGAUAUUAUUAGCAAGUCAGAAAAACAUCACUAAAACACCACUUUACAUUUUUCUCCAUUCAUGGCUUGGAACAGGUCUUUUAACCAGCACCGGUAACAAAUGGAAAUCUCGUCGAAGGCUUCUCACUCCAACAUUUCAUUUCAAAAUUCUGAAUGACUUCGUUUCUAUUCACCAAAAACAAUCUGGUAUCAUGGUUGAAUUACUUCAGGCAAAAGCUGAUAAGGGUGAAUUUGAUAUAGCUCCUUACAUCACGCUCUGUGUCUUGGAUAUCAUAUGUGAAACGUCAAUGGGUAUCGACAUCAAAGCUCAAUAUGGCAGUAAUCCAGAAUAUACAAAAGCCGUGUUCAGCACGUGUGAACUUAUUCAAGAACGUCAAAAGUCACCAUGGCUUUGGCCCGAUUUUAUAUAUAAUAUAACGUCAUCUGGAAGAAGCCAUCAAAAAGCCUUGAAUGUUCUCCAUGGUUUCACAAACCAGGUGAUUAACGACCGUAUCGAGCAACGAAAAUUAUGGAAAACAGAGAAUUUCGAUGGUCCUGACGAUAGGGCGAUAUAUUCGUCUAGUAAUCGUCGUAUUCGGGCAUUUUUGGAUCUUUUAUUAGAGGAAUAUGAUCAGGGAAAUAUAACGAAGGAGGGCGUCAGAGAAGAAGUUGAUACAUUCAUGUUUGAGGGUCAUGACACAACAGCAGUUUCAUUACAAUGGAUCAUUCAUCUUCUUAGUAUUAAUCCUGAUGUUCAAUCACUCUUGCAACGAGAAGUAGAUAAUUGGUAUGAAUCUUUACCGCCUGAUGGAAAAAUUAAACCUGAACAACUUAAGGACUUAAGUUAUCUGGAAUGUGUCGUGAAGGAGGGAUUGCGAUUGUUUCCGUCUGUACCUCUCUUUGGUCGUGAAUUGACGGAGGAAUGUAAAUUCGGUAAGAUUUUUUUACAAAGCAAAGUGACAUGCAGCGCUGCUGAUAAUUAUAAUAAUCCGAGAAUGAACUAG